UGCUUGGCUGAAAACGUCUCUCUUGACAUUGGAGUCGUGUCACAUUGUCAUUCGCGUAACUCCAGCCCCCUUAAUAUUCUGACCGGAUGUCUCCGGAAGCUGCAUGCAGUAGUGAAAUUGAGCUGUCGCAUUGCAUCCAACAGCCGUUCUCGUCUCAAUUUCCCAGAGCAUGGCUGUCGGAGUGGCUUGAAGCCACAGCAACAGAGCAGUGUCAGCGGCCCAAAAACAAGGCUCGCCCCAUGAAUCAGUGGCAAAAGCCACACCAAGAGAACAAAUACAGGGGAGCUGUAAUUAAAAAUCUCGCCAUUGGCUAAUCACUUCAAGAGCAAGAGUCCACUCGGCGCCCAAUCAGCACGUAAAUGCAAGACAAUAACGGUGCAGCUGAAAACGCAAAAUUCGUGAUUCCGCGCGGAAUCCGUGCACGAGGGCUCAGCCGCGAAUUGCCGAGCCCCAAGGCGUCGCGAAAGCCCGUAUAUGGUAGUCGCGCUACGAUCGCACGGCCUUGGAUUCCUCGUUAAUUGAGUUCAGCCUCGUUUUAAACAGAAAAUAAAAGCAUCUCGGCGAGGCCUCAAAGCCCAAACUGGUGGCGAUGAUGUCGACCAAGUUUCCACAUGGGCACGGGCUGGACCCAUUGGGUCCUCUUCCCGACUGCUUGCCACCAGAUUCAUCUGCCAAAACCUGGGGCCCCGGAUUUGCCAUGACAAAGAGAUAUUUGCAUCUCUUGCAUCUUGGAGCAUGUGUUUAGUCGAUGGGGCAAAAUGGAGUUGCCCAGAUUCCAGGAUCUCGCCUUUGCUCCAGGAAGUUGCAAGUUUGUACGUAAUUGAAACUCCACCAUGGGGAGGGGGUGAGCCGAGAGACGCAGAAUGAUCCCAUCGCGAGUUUGUCAAGUCUGGCAACUCUAGUAAACGAUUACUCCGCAAAAGUUGAAGUCGUCAAUGCCGAUUCUCCCUGAGCUUGGAGACGAAGAGGCGGAGGGGAGGCGCUAUCGAAUGGUCGCGGUGGAAGGGAGGCCAACGUCGCAUUGAUCGGAUUAAGCUUGAAUCAAGGUGAUGCGUUUAGAAUGGAUACAGGUCCAUUAUAGGUAUCAUCUGCGUCGUAAAGAGGAGAGGAUUGUCGUUCAGCGGUUGCGUUUCAAAUGACCAAUCCGCUCCUUGGCAUAGCGGUUGAUGCUACGCAAAUGCACGAAUUCUUUCCAAGAUGUAAGAUUGGGUGCCAAUGCGUGGCGCACAGACAUCCCGGAGCUCGAUCCUGUCUGGACCAGGAGC